GUUAUAAAGAGCCAUCAUGAAAGAAAGGAAGGAAGGAAGGAAGAAAUCUGGUGCAAAGGCGAGCCCAUUGCAAGGAUGACAGGUGUGCUGUUAAGUUUGGUGUUGACUUCCUUAUACUUGCUUCAAGCUUCAGAAAGCAUCAACAUUCAGCCAGACCUUGAUGUUCAAAAGUUGGCUGGAAGAUGGACUCUCGUUGCACUGGUGAUAGAUAGAGGUGAACUAACGGAUUACAACAGAUAUCUUAUUACAGUGGAACCUGAAAACAAUGGAGAAAUGGUUUAUGUAGCAGAGGCUUAUCAAGAUAAUGAAUGCAAAGAGGUAGUGAUUCGAUUGAUUCAGGGUGAGAAGCCUGGAAUAUAUACAAAAGGGCAGAGCACCUUAUAUUUCGUGAAAGCAGAUUACAGCAGAUAUCACAUGGUUUUCGUUGACACAACAAUAAUGAAGGCCCUUCAUCUUUAUACUAGGGAACCAGAACCAUCAGCUGACAUAAUAGCCAUAUACAAGGCUGUCGCCAAAUCCCUGGAUUUGCCAGCGGACAAGAUUAUCUAUCUACACAGAUCUGCUCCAUGCCCGGCUGCAUGAGUUAAAUCCUGGAACCUGGGGUUGUGUGUGACUGCAAAUAUGGCUCAAAUUUGUAAAACCAUCCCAUUUGGAAAGAAAAUCAACUGGAUUACAUCCCUAGAGAUGUAACAAAAUGGUGUAUCAAUGCCACUGUCAGUCAUUUAAUUGUAUUGAAAACCCAUCAAAACCAAUUAAAACCAUCAAAGACAGAAA